UCUCUCUCUCUCUCGUCCCUAAAAGAGAUGCAUUGGAUCAGCCAUUAUCUUAACUCUGUCAUUCUUUGAGUUUUUGCAAAUUGCUUUGUUUUAUGUUUGUUCUCUACUGAUUCUGUCAUAGUUUUGCUCAAUUAUGGUUACAACACAAACACAAGAACUUGAGAAAGACGAUGAUACAACAACCGUUAGUCACAUAAUCAACUGUGAAGCACAACCACCGCUCACGGCGGCCCAAUCACUGCCCAUGGCACCACCAACCGCCAAAGUGGUGUCUUUUAAGGAAGAGCCUGACGAGGAAGAAAGGAUUUCACUCGAGGGAAUAGGGAUGAUACCGGUGGAGAUGCCUAUGCCGCUGCAAAUAAGACAACCGGAAGCGGCGGCGCCACCACCGACGAAGAGAGCAUCAACGAAAGACCGCCACACAAAAGUCGAAGGCCGUGGCCGGAGAAUUCGAAUGCCAGCAACCUGUGCUGCUCGGAUCUUCCAGCUCACCCGAGAGCUCGGCCACAAAUCCGAAGGCGAAACCGUCCGGUGGCUACUCGAGCACGCUGAGCCAUCCAUCAUCGCAGCCACCGGCACCGGAACCGUCCCUGCAAUCGCCAUGUCAGUCAACGGGACUCUAAAGAUCCCCACCUCCUCCUCCUUCGCCGCCGCCACCACCGACAACGACGCCGCAAAAAAGAAAAGAAAGAGACCGGCGAACAGUGAGUUUGUAGACAUAAACCCCGGCGAUAUGGGUUCAACUUCAACCACCUCCACCGUUCUUGCUCCGUUAAUGGCGGCUAAUCAACUUCACGCUCUCACACCCAUGUGGGCAAUACAAUCAAAUUUUGCAGUUUCACCGGCGUUUUUGAUAGUUCCUCCGGGGGCAUCCAUUGCCGGCGUAUCUAAUCAGAAUCAAAUAUGGGCUUUUCAACCAACAUCAACGCCAUUAAUUAACAUUCCUGCAAGACCCAUCUCCUCUUUCGUGGCCUCCACGCAACCUGCUAUAAAUAUAGACACAGCAACGCCAUUGGAGCUUUAUAGCUUGUCAAACCCAACCAUUUCAAGUGCCUCUAUGAGCGAGAAAGUUGAGAAGACUAGUUCAAGAAGUGUUCCGAGUUCAAGCUCUGGUAAAACCACGACGACGAAGACGACGACGCAGACUCUGAGAGAUUUCUCUUUGGAGAUUUACGACAAGCAAGAGUUUCCAUUCAUGAGUAGUAAUCGCUCUGCUAAGAAUCAGAUGGGUUCUAAGAAUUGAAGAUUGAGAUUACAGAAUUGGGAGGCUUUGAUUCAUUUCAUUCCUCUUGGUCCGUUCAUGGAGGUUUUUGGGCUAUGGUAAGGAAAAAUUACACUUUGACCCCUUUAAAUUAUCAUCUUGCUUUGUAUUGUGCCCUAAAUUAUCCAAUUUCUCAGUUUAUAAUUUAAAUUAUUGAUUUGAGUUUUUAUAUUUCUUUUUUAACAAGUUGUAUAUGAGGAGGGAGUGGGUGAAGUUCGAACUCGCAUCCUUUAG